GCAAGGAUAUGUCAUUAUCAAAAACCAUGCCACAAGUCCUGGCAGGAAAAAGAGCAAUCAUAACGGGCGCUGCCGGUGGCAUGGGACUCGAGCAUGCCCGGCACCUAGCUCGGCUCGGCGCAGAUAUAGCCAUCUUUGACAUCGAUCUCGAGGUGGCGAAGAAAUGGAAUGACAAACUCAAUGGACAGACAGUAGUUGACGAUAUUUGCGCCUUGGGCGUCGAUUGUAUCGCCAUUCAAGUUGACGUGACCAACACCGCAGCAACACAAGCCGCGGUCGACCAGGUCGUAGCCCAAUGGCCUGACAUUGACAUUCUUGUGAACAAUGCCGGCGGCGCAGUGGCUCCGUUUGAACGGAGUUCUCCCACCUCGAUAACCGACGAAGAUACACACCGCGUGGUGAAUCUCAACCUGAUGUCGACCGUGAAUUGCUGUCGAGCAGUCGCGCCAUACCUCAGAUGUCCUGGCGCGAGUAUCAUCAACAUCGCUACCAUCAACGCUGAGAUGGAGGUUUCUGGGGGCAAGCAGGCGCUAUAUGGCGCUUCGAAAGCCGCUGUAAUUCGAUACACGCGGUCGCUGGCCGUUGAGCUUGGACCCAAAGGAAUACGUGCCAACUCCCUCUCUCCAGGGUAUGUGGAGACCCCUCGUAUCGUCGCACAGGCUGCAGCGAGGCCGGGCUUGAGUGGCAACGACCUUUUGGGAAAGAUCCCACUUCGUCGGUCAGGUCGGUCUGAGGAUGUCUCGCGUGUAGUUGAAUUUCUGGCAGGCCCCUUGUCAGACUAUGUGACAGGGAACAAUAUACGAGUCAGUGGCGGAAUGGAGUUGGUCUAGAAAUUAUAGCUGUGCACCCAUCGCAUGCUGGCCAUUUUGGACAUGCACGCCUUCAGUCUGGGAUGUUGUUUUCAAUUUAUCGCUGUUCAUAUUUUG